GGAUGCAGAGAGGCAGCCAAACGCUUGUGGGGGUUUAGUGUCUGACAUGGUUAAGGGCUUCUCCGAUCAUAUCUCAACAACUAUUCGAUUAAGGGCUUUUACGUUUCAAAACCGCAUAGUGUUUUCGUGGGUCAUCUCGGUGCGUUUCAGUUGAAUUUCAAGCGUAGCCAUGUGCGAAGAUAAAUGAAGUUUGGAUUGAAACGUAAACAGAGACAUAAACAUCAAUACAAAUCAACUUCCCUGCAUAUUUCCAACGUCGAAUAUCUCUCUCUUUCGGCUCACUUUUUGUAUGCUCGUUGUCUACCUGCUUUUGAUAAUUUGAUCCAAUUGAAGCUGGUUCUUCGUGAAUGCUAUCGGUGGAUAUUGCUAUCACAACUGCUAAAGAGAUCGCCUAAUCUGGAAUGUCUUAUCUUAGAAUAUGAAGAACAGGGUGAUGAUGAGUCAUAUUUAAGCGAUGAAACAAAUUCAGCGGACGAAGAAAACUCGGACGAUGAAGAAAAUCUAGGGGAUGGAACAAACUCAGAGGAUGAAGAAAACUCAGGUGAAGAAGACUCAGAGAAUGAAGAAUACGCAAAGCAUCAGCGGUGGAAAGCAAAGCAUCACUGGUGGAAUAGGGAAGAGCCUGCUCCUACUUGUGUGUUGUCACAUCUCAAGACUGUCUCUAUAAGUGGUUUCAAGGGACGUGAGGAUGAGAGGGAAGUGGUAUAGUAUUUAUUGAAGAAUGGUGAAGUUUUGGAGAA